AUGGAACCUGAUUCAACGGCUAAGGAGGCUUGGGAUCGUUUGCGUGACAUUUUCCAAGACAAUCAAAACUCCCGUGCCGUCACUCUUGAACAAGAGUUUUCCAACACCAAUAUGGAAGAUUUCCCUAGUGUUUCGGCGUAUUGUCAGCGCCUUAAGAGUCAAUUGAAGAAUGUUGGAGCACCGGCUGAUAACAACCGACUUGUACUUCAAUUGGUUCCGGGUCUCUCGGAGCCUUAUAAUGGUGUUGCAACUUUGAUUAGGCAGAGUAACCCUCUACCGCAUUUUUACCAAGCACGCUCCAUGCUCACUUUGGAGGAAGCGAGUAAGGCAAAGCAGGCGGCAAUGGCAUCAGCUAUGGUGGCGAGUGUUCCACGAGAAUCGUCAAAUUCUAGUGGUGAUUCUAGAGGAAUCCGUGGCAAAAACAAGCCUCACAAGAAAUCCGAAAACCGGAAACAAACCGGUUCGGGUGGCGGUGGCCGCGGACAGUCCUCCAGCGAUGGCAGCCAGUCCUCCGGCAGCAGUGGUGGUCGGUCCUCCGGUGGUGUUCCUGGUCAGCAACAACAGCCUUGGAUGACUCCCCCUCCAUGGCAGCAGUUCCCUGCUUACGGGUACCAACCUUGGGGGUGGGCUCCUCAAUGGGCAGCCCCACCUUCUCCUUAUCCAACCCAAGGUUGGGCCCGUCCACAAGGCCCACAGAAGCAGCCUGGUAUCCUUGGUCCACGUCCUCAACAAGCUUUUGUUGCUCAACAGUCCAAUUCCUAUGGUCCUACGGAUAUUGACUCAGCUUUGCAUACUAUGACGUUGCACCAACCCGAUCCUUCUUGGUAUAUGGACACCGGUGCCACUUCUCACAUGACCUCCUCCAACGGUAAUCUCUCGUCUUAUUUUAAUUUGAGCAAUCAUCAUAAUGGUAUUAUUGUUGGUAGUGGUCAUACUAUUCCAAUUCGUGGUUGUGGUCAUACUACUUUACCUUCCCCGAACCCACCUUUGUCCCUUAAUAAUGUCCUACAUGCACCCAAACUCAUUAAAAAUUUAAUUUCUGUUCGGAAAUUUACGAAAGAUAAUUGUGUGUCUGUUGAGUUUGAUCCUUAUGGUUUUUCUGUGAAGGAUUAUCGGACGGGGAGCCCAAUAAUGAGAUGUGAUAGCCAAGGGGACCUUUAUCCUAUCACUAGCAUUUUUUCAAAGACUUCUCCAUCAACCUUUAUAGCUUUAGCAUCUUCUAUUUGCCAUGAUCGAUUGGGACAUCCGGGUUCUUCUAUUUUAAAAACUCUUAGUAAUAAUAAACACAUUGAAUGUACUCACUCUUCUAGUUCUAGUGUUUGUCGUUCAUGUGUACUUGGAAAACAUGUUAAGUUGCCUUUUUUGUCUUCGAAUUCUAUCACUUCUAUGCCUUUUGAUAUUGUUCAUAGUGAUCUUUGGACAUCUCCGGUUUUGAGUUCAUCGGGUCAUCGUUAUUAUAUGCUUGUGUUAGAUGAUUAUUCUAAAUUUUGUGGACUUUUCCUUUAG